AAUGCUAGUUCCAGUAGAUACAGGAGAUUUUUACAAUGUCAGCCGUGGAAAAGCAUAGAUUUGAAAAUGAAAUAGUACGUCACAAAUGCGAUUAUUGCGGUAAGAUUUUAUCAUCCAAAAAAAGCUUGGACCAUCACGUGAAUGGAAUUCAUUUGAAGCUAAGAAAUUUUGUUUGCGAAAAUUGUGGACACUCCUUUAUCACAAAACAACGUUUGAAUGUCCACAUAAUAAAUAUCCAUCAAAAAAUCAAAAAUUUCACUUGCGAUGCGUGUGGAAAGUGUUUUAGUUAUAAAAAUGCCUUGGAUAUGCACAUUACUACAAUUCAUGAGAAAAUCAAAGAUCAUCAAUGCUUAGAUUGCGGAAAAUCUUUUGGGCUAAAGAGUAAUCUGAUGAAGCACAUAAAUUUAGUUCAUUUGAAAAUCAAAGAGCACAAGUGUGAAGAGUGUGGCAAACUUUUCGGACAAAAAGGUUCUCUUAUGACCCAUAUAGAUACAGUUCAUUUGAAACUCAAAGAGCACAAGUGCGAGAAAUGUGAAAAAGCUUUCACUUCACAACAAAACUUGAAUGGACACAUUGCUGCAAUUCAUGAAAAAAUCAAAGAUCUCAAAUGCGAAGAGUGUGGCAAGUUUUUUACUCGGAAAAACAAAUUGAUGAAUCACAUAGAUCAAGUGCAUUUGAAAAUCAAAGAUUACAAAUGUGAAGAGUGUGGCAAACUUUUCGGACAAAAAAGUUAUCUUAUGACACACAUAGAUGUACUUCAUUUGAAAAUCAAAGAACACAAUUGCCAGGAAUGUGAAAAAUCAUUCGGUUUUAAAAAAGACUUGUAUAAACAUAAUGCCGUGGUCCAUAAAAAAACCAAGAACACAAAUGCGAAGAGUGUGACAAAUCUUUUGUACAAAAGCGUAAUCUGACGAAGUACACUAAUGCAGAACAUUUGAAAUCCAAACGCGGUUCGUCGAAAAAUUAAAAAUAAAUUAUAAAAUAAAUGUGACAUGUUUUUUGACUCCAGUGCAGUUUGAUAAAAAAUUUGGUAUGGGUAAAAUAAAUAUACAAAUAAUCAAAUUAAAAUUGUUUAUCAAAGCCAUUUCUACUGUAAGCUUCAGUGGUAUAUUUCACACGAGAAUUCGCAACUGAAGAGCAUUCAAAGAAUGCAAACACAACAAUCAUUACUUCUUCUUAGAAGCUUGUAAUAUUACAAAAAACCCAACUCUGCGUUCGGAUUUAACAAAAGUACA